AUGUGUCUCCAGGUCGAGAACUUUGAGCGGCUCUUGCGAGCCAUCUACGCGCCCCAGAACGUGUACUGCGUCCAUGUCGACACAAAAGCCAACGCUACCGUAGCAGCCGCCAUCGCCAACAUCGCUUCCUGCUUCCCCAACGUCUUCAUGGUCAGUCAACCCGUGAAAGUGGUCUACGCCAGCUGGAUGCGGGUGCAGGCGGACCUCAACUGCAUGUCGGAUCUGCUGAAAGUCAGCACGGAGUGGAAGUAUUUCAUCAACCUCUGUGGGCAGGACUUCCCCAUGAAGACCAACCUAGAGAUGGUGCGGGACCUGAAGGCUCUGGAAGGGGCAAACAGCAUACAAUUUGAACCCAUUUCCAAUAAACAGAAAUGGAGAUUGGCAACCACUUGGGCCCCGGUGAACGGACAUUUACAGUCAACGGGGAAGGCCAGGGGACCGGCACCCUUCGGUCUUUCUGUGUUGAAGGGCAGCGCCUACAUUAUCGCCUGCCGGGGAUACAUCAACAGUGUGCUGACAGACUGUCGGUUCCAUCAGCUGAUGGAGUGGUGCAAAGACGCUUAUAGCCCAGACGAGAUCCUCUGGGCCACCACCCAACAAAUGCUCGGAGUUCCGGGUUCCAUGUGGGCCACUUCUCACGUGUAUCAAGCAGAUUCGAUUGCACGGCUGGUGCUGUGGACUGGCAGGUCCAAGUGUCACGGCAAUUUUGUGCGGGAGGUAUGUGUGUUUAAUGUCGCAGACCUGCCUUGGAUCCUGAGCCAUCAUCACCUGUUCGCGAACAAGUUUGACGUGGAAUCUGAUUCAGUCGCCGUCUUCUGUCUGGAGGAGUACCUGCGGGCGAAGAGGCUGGCGGAAAUUGAGAGUGAUGGGAAAUGAUCGCCUCCCAUGUCUUAUGAAGUGUCCUUUUGUUUUUCCGAAAGAGGUUAGCUAAUUAUAGUGCCUGUAUUGGUCCAUAUGUUAUUGCAAAAAUACUAAGGGAUGCACCGAUUCCACUUUUUGUCAAACCAAGUACAAGUAUUUAUAUUUGGGUACUUGCUGAUACCAAGUACUGAUAUUAUUACUUAAUAAUACCAUUGCAGUUUAAAGAACCACUGAACCCACUAUUUAAGAGGGAAUCCGAACACUGUGAUUUGAAAAAUGUGUUUUGGGCCGAGAAUUCGAGGAGUUCCCACGCCAACUUUAUGUUACUGUUUUGGACCGUUGUUGUGUAUGAGCAUUAUAAUAAGCAAGGUUGUAAAUUAAAUGUGCAACACAACAUAGCGAUAUUUUAUGUGUCCGGGAAGCCUAACUCUCGGACGCGGGUAGUAAAUUAAUUACCGCUCAGACGACGCUUCACCAUCCACCCACUGUAGCGUUAUACUAUGUGUCCGGGAAGCCUAACUCUUUGAUGCGGGUAUUCAAUUAAUCACU